GCCCCAGGAGGUAGGCCUCAGCGCCAGCAUGAGCUGAAAUUCAGACAACAAUACGAUGUGUUGACAGUCGGCGAAUCUUCUUCUGGAAGCGAAGCAUGGCUUGAAUUCGCAUGCCUUGGUCAUAGCGCAAUCACUCCCCCCUCGAGUUUGCGGGAUAUUGGUUCUCGACCUACAUCUCAAGCAGUCGGGGAAUGCAAAGGCAGAAUUCAUCGAGUUGUUUCUCCACGAGCUGGACAUCUUGGAGUUGUAUCGGCUACUUUCAUCCUGCAAAGAAACACGAACUCACCACGGGACUUACUAGUACUUAGAGUGCACUGUGAUGAACUGAAUCCACUUAUGUUUUUCGUCGUUCUCGAAUUUUACAGCAUUACCGUGCCCGCAUCUCCUUGUUUUGCUCGACACCCUUUCUUUUCACCACGACGUGGCAUCAGUUGUAGGUCCAUCGCGCCGUCACCAUCUGAGUUUCAAUCGCUUCUCAUAGGUAGGAGAGACGUUUUGCUUGCCAGAGGCUACUCUACUUCCUUCUUGGAUCUUUUGGAUGACCUUGCGGUUGCAAUCAGUAUUGAGGGUAUCACAAUCCGAGAUCCCACGAGUUCGGAUCCGAAGUGGCACAGUUGGUAUGAUG